AUAUGUGUUUUCAAAGCCACUUUUUGGUCACCAAAUCAAUUGUACUGAAAUGGAAGUGCAGUGCUUUCUCAAAAGUAACAUGCUUUUGGUUUCAUGUUGACUCACUCUGUAUCUGCUGAGAAAACCACCUUUCUCUACUGUUCAAUCUUCUGUGUGCCAAAUCCACUCACAAAGUGCCACCACAAUCCAUCUUUCAGGUUUCUUCAUAAUUUCUGUCACUUCAAUUCAUAUUGUACUAAUGGAAUCUUGGAGUUACAUUCCUGAAGAUAGAAGCUAUUUGUUUUCUGAUGAAAUGGAGUUUUCACUUGAUGCUUUUACGAGACGUCGAAAACCAUCCGUUGAAUUGGAGAACAAAUCUUCAUGUAACUUUGAAAGAGAUGGAUUUAAAAGUAUGGAGUUUGUGGACUUGGGAUUUCCCGACUUUUUGCAGAAGUCUUUUCAUGGUAGCAAACCUAUGGAGUCAUCUGGGGUUGUUCACAGUUCGGUUCAGACAUCAAGUUGUGAGCUAGAUAGUAAUAAUUCUAGUAAAAGAGGGAAUUCUUCUAUCCAUGUUAUUGCUUUUGAUUCGUCUUUCAGGGAAGAAGAUUAUGAGUCAAAGCAUUUAAGUUCUCUAUUUGAAUCGAAAAAUCAUGAUUCUUCAUUGUCAACUUUUUUAAAUCAAGGUGCAAGUAAUGACAGAGAUGCCAAAGCGUUUGUUUCCACGCCGAUACAUCAAACCGUGCUCUCGAAGAGAGCUCGCACUUCCACUUUACCUUCCUCAGCUCCUGUAUGCCAAGUUUAUGAUUGUAAUAUGGAUCUUAGCACCUCGAAAGAUUAUCACAAACGGCAUAAAGUUUGCGAUGUUCACUCCAAGACAGCUAAAGUUGUUGUCAAUGGCGUUGAACAGAGGUUUUGUCAGCAGUGCAGCAGGUUCCAUUUGGUAGCUGAGUUCGAUGAUGAUAAGCGCAGUUGUCGUAGGCGUUUAGCUGGACACAAUGAACGCCGAAGGAAACCUCAGUUUGAUUACAUGACUAGUAAACAACACAAGACUCUUCAAUCUUAUCAAGACAUGUUUCAAAGUGGGAUCCUUUUCUCAGCAAAGCAUGAUCAAAUCUCUCAAAGUGGACAUAUCAAACUAGAAGAGGAACCAAUUUGCAGCCCUCAACUAGAACCGCCCGCCACACUUGGUCACGAGUUAUCUAGUCGUGCUCUCUCUCUUCUGUCAUCUCAGUCACAGAAUCCAUCGCGUCAUGCAGCAGGAAAUCCAUUCGCUACCUCCCUUCUUUUUCACGGCAUCCACGUGCAAGAUAGUGAUGACCAGGUUUCUGGACCACAUUUGAGAAUAAGUUCUGUCGAUAAACAUGAACGAAAUGAAUCUUUAUCACUUGAGAUAAACUCUAAGGGAGUUAUCAAAUCUGAAAAUGGAGUUACUGUUGAUUUGUUUCAACUGUCUUCUCAUCUUCAAAGAGUGGAGCAGCAAAGAAAUUCUGUUUUGGUAAAGUGGGAAAAUGAGGAUUUCUGUUUCCCAAAUGUGUGAAGGCUUUGUUUUUAGCCUUAUGUGUCAUGGAAAUGAUUCAAUUUGUUGAUACUUAUAUUUUUAAUAUUCAAUCAAAAAUAUAUAUAUUUUUAUGAUA